CCGGCAUGUCGCGGAAGAAGGCGGCGAGGAGCAAGGGCGGCGGCGCCGCGCCCUCCUCCGCGCUGCCCCCCGCCGCCGCCGCCGCCGCCGCGCAGGGGCCCGGCCGCGCCGCCGCCGCCGCCGCCGCCGCCGCGCCCGCCCUGCCCCGCAACGGCCCCGCGCUGAGCAGCAGCGGCGAGUUCUACGACCUGGCCUUCAAGGUGAUGCUGGUGGGCGACUCGGGGGUCGGCAAGACGUGCCUCCUGGUGCGGUUUAAAGACGGCGCUUUCCUGGCCGGCAGCUUCAUUUCCACGGUCGGAAUCGACUUCAGGAACAAAGUCCUGACGGUGGACGGAGUGAAGGUGAAGCUGCAGAUCUGGGACACGGCUGGGCAGGAGCGUUUCCGCAGCGUCACGCACGCGUACUACCGCGACGCCCACGCCUUGUUACUGCUCUACGACGUCACCAACAAGGCUUCGUUUGACAACAUCCAGGCUUGGCUGACAGAGAUUCAUGAAUAUGCGCAGCAAGACGUGGUCCUCAUGUUACUGGGAAACAAGGUGGACUCAGCCCAGGAUAGAGUGGUGAAAAGGGAAGAUGGAGAAAAAUUAGCCAAGGAGUACGGAGUGCCCUUUAUGGAGACCAGCGCAAAAAGUGGCUUAAACGUGGAGUUAGCGUUCACAGCCAUUGCAAAAGAACUGAAGCACAGGUCCAUGAAGCUGCCCAAUGAACCGAAAUUCAAGCUCCAUGACUACGUGAAGAAGGAAGUCAGAGGCUCAGGCUGCUGCAGAUCCUAAUGUGCUUGGUGCAUUUGUACAGAGACUCAUGCCAAGUGUUCAUGUGCCGCGCUCUCUCUUCGUGGACAGUGUGUGCAUGUCUGUCUGUUGUGUCUGUAUCUGCAUAAAAGGUGAGCUGAGACAUGUGGAAUGAAAGCAGUAGCAAAAAAAGCUGUUUCUAGCCAGCCCUGAUGCUGGCUGUGCUGCAGCCACGUUGCAAGCACUGCUAUCCGAGCCCCCGCAGCGUUCAUCGCGCACUGCGAGCGCUCCGGGUUCCCCCAGGGAAACAGGCCUUUCCCACAGCAGUUGCUGCAAGCCAGUCCGCUUUGGAUUGCUUGUAGUUGCUCUCCUGAUACAGGUUUGCUGCAGAGGCUGCGAAGGAGAGUUGUGGAGGCUCAGGCCUCUCCGUACGUCAGAACUCCUUCCAGGGCCGUGAGCAGUCACUAGGCCUAUCCGUUUCUCCACCAGUUCGAUGUUCAGCAAGGAACAUUGUGAAAGUUCUUUAAUGUUAAUACAGCGCUGUGAAAAGUUAAGUAUUGUGUGACCAAGGGGAAUGCCUUCUCCCCACUAAACAGCUGGUAAGAAAAUAUCCUGAAUUGUUUUCUUCUCCCAUAUACCUGAAAUUCACCUCUUCAGAAUUCUUGGCCUGGGCACAUAGGAAAGUUUUGUUUUCAAGGCAACCAUAUUUUUAGUUACUUAUUUAUGUAUGUCAGUCCUUCCCGUGUUGUAACAUACCUUCUCUGAUGAAGAUUUCUCCUUUCUGUGCAGAGCUUAGAUGUCUGUCUGAGUAAGCUCCUGCAAACAUCUGUUGUACAGAGAGUUCCUGUUUAUCUGUUUGAUAAAGGCAUUGGUUCUCCAUUACUGCAGUUUCUAGUACUUUAAUUGAGAUGAAAUCUAAUGUGUUGCAGCUUAUUCUAAAUACUUGGUGUAAGUGUGAUAGCAUUUUUAGACUGCAACUAUGCUUCGUGAUCGUCAUGGUUCUCUUGGGAUAGCUCUUUCUUUUAGCUGAAGAAAGCUGAAGAGAAUGCUCUAGGCAUUGAUUGUACAGGUUUAAAAAUCUUCUACCAGCACUCUGCAGUGGAAUCCUCACCCCUUAUUUCUGGGCUAGUCAUUUGGCACUUUCAACUGCUCUUCUAAGUAUAAAUCUGAAUUUGGAUGAAAUGUUUGGCCAUUGGCAAUUUUCUCAAGCUGCAGGUGUUUGCAAUUCCACCUGAAUGACAUCCACAUGCAUGACACCCAUUCUACUGAGCAUCCCUGCACUGCCUUAAAUGGACCACUAUGUAAUAAAUCAACCAUUCACCCUUUCCAGUGCCAGCAAAGCACUGGCUUUGUCAGCAGUUAAUUCAGACCUACAUCCCCUUGCUUUGCCUGGGGUGUUUGCCUGAGCUAUAACCCUGCAUUCUUUAACUGCAGAGAAGUCCCUCUGCAGCUCCUGAGUGCUUGAGACACAUGGGAUUCAGGCAGACGGAGGAGUACUUAAGAGUUGCACUUUUCCAGUUAGCUGCAUUAAAAUGAGCAGUGCACAAAGAACUGGUACUUGCAGCUGCUCUUUCAGGCAAGACCAGCAUAGUAACAGUAUGAGAAAGGAUCCUAAAAUAAACUACUUUUCUUAAAUAGCUUUUACAAGGAAGCAAGUCCUAAUAUUUUUUAUUUAAAAGAAGUGUGGAUGAAGCUGUAAGCAGCAGUUCUUCCCAAAGUUUAGGGGAUUAUUGGUUGAAAGACUGUACCUGCAGGCAUUAUUCAGUGAAUAGUUUACAGCAGAUUCCUGCUGCAUGUGCUAGCAUAGCAGGACUGUACAGGUGUUUAUUAGACAGAGCCUGCUCCCUGCUGGCAGCACCAAGUAUAUACUUUGGGGGACAGAGCAGUCAGGCCUCCAAGUUUCACAUUAACAAGGCCUCACUCGCUCUUUUCCCCCAACAAUCACUGAAGGCUGCAGCACAUUCAGCAGUCAGGCAGGUGGCCCUCGUGGCAUUAGCAGAGAGAUCACAUUUGGAUGCUAAGAGCUGCUCUGUCUCCUGCAGAUCCUAGGGGACAGUCAGCAUCUGCAUAGCAUCCCUCUCCCAAUGAAGACAUACAGUGAAAUAGCAAAACUCUCUUCAGAUUCAUCUGUACUAAGAAGUGGUCAUACUUGCUUUACAUUAGGCUUACAAUUUUUCUCUUAAAAAUUGUUUGCACCUUGCAACACAGAGAAAGAUCUGCAAGAUAAUUGAGCACUACCAAGAAGUGAACAGUAAUCUGGGUAAAACUCACUGUUUCAUGCUGCUUUGGUAAGCUUUGCUGUGUUCCUGUAGCUAUUUAAUUAGCAUCUCUUACAUGAAGCUGCUUAUCCUACAGCCACCUCCAUUCUUUCUGGACUGUGUAAUGUAAGCUUGCUGUCUACAGUUUGAAAAACACCAUGAUGAGUGGAUUUUCUGUAAGCUCUGGCCUUAAAAAGUACCAGUAUUUUGAUAUCACAGCUUACACACCUGUACAAGGGCCAGCCCAGCAGAGAUUUACAACAGAAGAGUCAGGCAGUUCAAAUACCAUAGAUCUGUCUGCCUUCAGCACCUAAUUUUCCUGAGAAUCAACCUAGCAGUGUAACAGUAACUCUUCUCCUGAGGUGCCAGGCACUGCAUGGCCACACUACCCUGAAGGCUACAGGUAGUCUACUGGAAGGGAAAAGGAACCAGCAGUAUACUUCUAAUACUCGAGUUAUUGCCUUUCCUCUUUCUAGCAGGGCAGAAGCCUUGCAUCUUGCCAUCUUGAAGAAAAAGCUGACAACUUUCACCUUCCUUCUAUAGUGUGAGAGCAAAACCAAUUAAGUAGUAUAUUUAAAUAGGAAAGAUUUAAAUGCCACCCUUUGAAGGGCUUUAAAUAUGCCUGUUGGGAGCAGAAACAUCCCCACUGUAUUUGUGGUAUUUCCCAAUGACACACCUGAGACUCAAUAUCCAUCACUACCCACAACUAGUUCCCUGUAUGCCACUUGUCUCGUAAGGCCUGCAUACUAACCUUGCCUUUAAACCCCCUCUUCAGACGGUUUUUGGCAUCUUUUUUACAGGGGCCUUUACUGCCACCAAGUGAUGAAGAAUUGCUAGUACAUUCAAACAAGCCUAAAGGCUCAGCAUUACAAGCACUUCUAGUUUUUGCUGGCUCUUGUUUACAGCUUUUGUUUCAUUCCUGUUAAUAAAUUUUUUUAA